UCACGUGACUCGGCAUGGAGGCGGCCGCGGCGUCCAGCCUCUCUCUCCGGACAGCUCGGCGGCGGCGGCCGCGGCGUUAGGGGCGGCGGGAGGGCCGGGCCGGCCUUGGACAGCCACGGAGCAGCGGCCUCGGGGGGCGGCAGCGGGGUCCGGCCGCCGGCCAUGGACUGAGGCGGCGCGAUGGGCAACAAGGAGUCCCGCAUCGGCUUCCUCACCUACGACGAGGCCCUGCGGAGGGUGACGGAUAUCGAGCUGAAGCGGCUGAAAGAUGCUUUCAAGAGGACCUGCGGACUCUCGUUCUACAUGAGCCAGCAUUGCUUCGUAAGGGAAGUGCUCGGAGAUGGCGUCCCUCCAAAGGUGGCAGAGGUCAUAUACUGUUCUUUUGGCGGCACAAACAAAGGACUGCAUUUCAAUAACUUGAUCGUGGGCUUAGUCCUCCUGACCCGGGGCCGAGAUGAAGAGAAGGCAAAAUACAUCUUCAGCCUUUUUGCAAACGAAUCUGGCAGCUAUGUGUGCAUUGAAGAGAUGGAGAAGAUGCUCCAAGGGGUCGAUGGAAAAGUCCCGGAAACGGUCAAGAAAUGCUUCUCAGAGGGUGAGAAGGUAAAUUAUGACAAAUUCAGGAACUGGCUGUUGCACAACAAAGAGUCCUUUACGUUUUCCCGCUGGCUGCUGUCUGGAGGAGUGUACGUGACCCUCACGGAUGACAGCGACACCCCCACCUUCUACCAGACUCUGGCUGGAGUCACGCACUAUGAUUCGGAACUCGACUGGAAGCCAAUGCCGGCUGUCCCUAUUGAGCUAUCCUGGCAAACUUCACUCAUAGACAGCCAGGAAGUGGACGAAGAGAACCUGCGGGCACAUAGCGGGGUGCAGGCCCAGUGCAUCGCGCACCUCUCUCCCCCUUGA